CGCUGGCACCCGCGACAUCUUCCUCAUCGCACUCGUCUGCCUGCGACGACGAUGGCAGCCGUGUUCCGCCCUCCGCUUGCGCCGCGCACCGUGGCACAAGUACAAUCCAACAUCGCGCAGCAUCCAUCUGGCAAGUCACAUCAAUCCGUCCUUAAACGACCGCGCUCUCCAGAGACACACAGCUCCGUAGCGACGCAUGAGGUGGCACCGAUAAAGAGACACAGAACUCAGUCCGCUACCACGAAGGAAAACGUGGAUAAACAACAGCGCAAAAUGGACCGAGAUGCCCGGGAAACUGUGUUCAGGGAGAAGUAUACUAGCGCCUUUCCUUCAUGGACAUUCUACUUUGAUAUUACCGAUGCGGAACGAGAUUCUUUUGCUCCCCGGGUCCUCCAGCUUAAAGGGCGCAUUGCGAAAUUCUUCUCUAACGAAGUCACGCAUUUCAUAACGAAUCGACCUGUGCCUGAGAACCCGGAUGUAGAGGGAAACAAGGAGAACAAGGCAAAGUCGGGACCCAACCUUCGAAGUCCAAUCAAGCUAAAGGGAUUGCCGGAUGACAUAGCUUCGUCUGGUUACGAGACUCUUGUUCGUAAGGCGAAACAGUUUGGAAUGAAGAUAUGGAGUACUCCGAAGCUCAAUUCCGUGCUUGAGCGCUGCAGCGUUCCUGCAAGCGAGAAAACCGCCGCCCCCGGCGUUUCACGUUCCCUUACAAGCCUUUUGGAGACUGAAAAACGAUUCGGAACGACUACCGAACGUGAUCCGACCCAGAAGCGACACGAUUUCCACUACUUCUCUAAAGGCAGUUAUUUUGUACUCGUCGAGGACAUGCGCCAAGAACUCGCAACUAUUGCCGCUCUCGAGUAUCCUGUGACAAGGACCAGCGAUGGAAAAGAGAAGGGCAGCUGGCCUGUCCCAUACUGCGAUCCUCGUGCACGUGGCCCAUUCAUCGAAUACAAUGAGAAGGAGGAGAGACGUCGUGAGAGGCAAGACCGCCUCGAGCGGGAACGCGAGGAGCAACGCGCAGUCGAAGCGAAAAAGCUCAAGAUGCGACAAUUACAGCGCAAGCAGAACGAUUUGCGGCGCUCAGUUUCGAUGAGCAAUCUUCAUCGUAAUUUGCACGAAGAAACAUACGAAGCCUAUCCUCCAGUAGGAGAUAACGGAGCGUCCGGCUUCAAUUCUGUUGUUUCAGGUGAUCCAGCUAGUUACAUUGCCGCAUCUGGUAACAGUGUUAGCAUUGCAUCGACAUAUGGGACAACGUCUACGAUGGGAGUAGGCAGUUCGACUCGAAAUAACCUGACUACCACAGCACUUCCUCUCAGUCUCCGGGGUCGCCUUCAUAACCAAGUCGUGACCUCACGUCGUGUCACGGACAAAGAAUCGGUACACAGCGCAAGCGUUAGCAAGGCUUCUGCUUCUUCUGCUAUGAUGCCUCCUCCCGAGGUUCCGGUACGAAGAACUACACUUCUCCGCAAGUGUAAGAGUACGAGCACACUUCGCCUUGACAAGCGUGAUGAGAAAAGCAAACCAGGCUACUGUGAAAGCUGCCGGCAGAAGUUUGAGGAUUUCAAGGAGCAUAUCCGUGGUCGAAGACAUCAAAAGUUUGCUAACAAUAACGAUAAUUUCGUCGAGUUGGACUUCGUCCUCAAGCGGGUUCGUCGCCGAACGCGUCAAGAGGCUGAAGAGGCGGAGAUCGCGUUUCAGAGGGAUUAUGGGUAUUUGCGCGAAUGUGCACUCAGGAAGGUGGAGCCAGUUGACGAUGAUGGUUUAACCACGGAGAACGACGAAAAGGCUACAAUACCCAUGGAUGAUAACGACAACGAACAAUAUAUUUACCUUGAUGAUGACUGAGGAUAUAUUCCGUAGUCUGCCGCGACUCGGGUGGUCUGCAUGGUGGUUCUUGUCCUUUUGUCUCUUUGCUACAGAUCCUUCGUAUCCAACUGCUUUCAGUUCCACUCACCUUGCGGAUUCUGCUCUCUAUUGUUUUGGCGGCUCAACUGCGACACUUCCACUCUUCGUUUUGUCUUGCGAUUAAAGAGUCCUGCUUCAAUAACGAUUGGUUCGCUUUUCAUCAUAAUGUUUUCCUUGUCUCGCAUGGAUAUAACACGAUUGCUCCGAACACGCCUCACGCCCAGACCCAGAGGACGACCUAUCAACGGCAAUCGCUGAGAUACCCCUCGUCACAGUGCCUCAACUAUCGUCGCAGUCUUUACUUAUUCCAUCCCAGUCCACCUGGUCAUACACCCAUCUCACUGUCAUGCUCCGUUCGACGACACAUUAUUCCACUUUCCUCGUUUCACCAUCGUCGUUUUGUUGCCCUUCUCGUUCGACAUCCCUGCUUCAUCGU